GGCAAAAAAAAAUCCGAUACCGAUAUUGACCGAUAUUACAUUUUAUGCUAAUAUCGGGCCGAUAAUAUCGGUGGGCCGAUAAUAUCGGACAUCUCUAAUUUUAAGUUGUGUGUUAGGACUGGGUAAGCUGCAUAUGAAUUACCCUUCUUGGGAUCAAUAAAGUAGACAGAAUCUGAAUCUUGGUUUCAAACAGACAAUGAAAAGAUACAUAGUUGGUUAUUAUCAGAUCCCACUGAUACUGAUGUUCAAUAGUCUGUGUGUGUGUGCACAUACAGGUGAGUGUGUGUGUUUGUGUGUGUGUGUGUGUGUGUGUGUGUGUGUGUGUGUGUGUGUGUGUGUGUGUGUGUGUGUGUGUGUGUGUUUGUGUGUGUACAGUAUGUGUGUGAUUUCUCCACGGACAACACCAGUAGUGUUCACGAUGGAGUUAAUGCCUUUAAGUUUUAUCUAUGUUACCUUUAGUCACGUUUAGUCACGUGACUAAAAGGUAUAUAAAUUAAAUUGCUUAACUUGCUAACUUGCCAAUUAGAUGAGCCGAUUACCCAAACAGCUAUAGAUAAUGUUAUGUGGGUUAGCCCAGCGCUCGUAUCCAUGGUCAAAACAAUCAUGCUUCAAAUAACUUUAAUAAAGAGAAUUACAAACGUCCAUAAAUCCUGGUUCUUGUUUUUCUAGAAGAGUCCAGCAGGAGAGAGCAGACUCCCCUGGACCAAGCUGUGUCUCCAUGAAGAGUGACUCGUCUAUGGCUAAACCUCUUAACUUUAAAGAUGGAAAUCAGUCUAUUGAGAAGGGAAGUGUCCAGCAGGAGAGAGCAGACAGCCCUGGACCCAGGACUGGACAACACCAGAAGAGGUCAAAGGUUACCAGUGGUCAGUCUGAGCAGCAUCAUCAAACAGAGCAGACCUCCAAGAGCGUUCUUCCUGAAGAACCUGAAAGUCCUGCUGUGGCUAGAUUCAAGACUUGGUCUAGGGAAAAGACCCAGCGUGUGUUUGAGGGAUUAGUUCAAGCAGGAAAGCAUACACCUCUGAAUGAUAUCUACACAGAGAUCUAUAUCACAGGGGGAGGCAGUGGAGAGGUCAACAAGGAGCAUGAGAUCAGACUGAUUGAAAAAAUUUACAGGAAACAAGCAAAGGAGGAAAUAACAAUCAAAUGUGAAGACCUAUUUAAACUCCUACCUGGACGAAAACAACCAAUCAGAACAAUAUUGACAAUUGGAGUUGCAGGCAUUGGUAAAACCAUCUUGGCACAAAAGUUCACUCUGGACUGGGCUGAAGGCACAUCCAACCAAGACAUACACUUCACAUUUCCCUUACUAUUCAGAGAGCUGAAUUCAUUGAAAAAUGAAAAAUUAAGCUUGGUGGAACUUCUUCAUCACUUCUUUAUUAAGACCAAAGAAGCAGGAAUCUGCAGAUACGACCAGCACCAAGUUGUCUUCAUCUUUCAGGCUCUGGAUGAGUGUCGACUUCCUCUGGACUUCAAGAACAACAAGAUCUUGACUGAUGUCACAGAGUCCACCUCGGUGGACAGGCUGCUGACCAACCUCAUCAGGGGAGACCUGCUUCCCUCUGCUCGUAUCUGGAUAACCACACGCCCUGCUGCAGCCAAUCAGAUCCCUGCUGAGUGUGUUGACAUGGUGACAGAGGUGAGAGGGUUCACUGACCCACAGAAGGAGGAGUACUUCAGGAAGAGAUUCAGAGACGAGAAGCAGGCCAUGACAAUCAUCUCCCACGUCAAGAAAUCACGAAGCCUCCACAUCAUGUGUCACAUCCCACUCUUCUGUUGGAUCACUGCUACAGUUGUGGAGAACUUCUUUGAAAUGUCCUGGAGAGGAGAAAGGAUACCCAAUACCCUGACUCAAAUGUACAUCCACUUCCUGAGGGUUCAGUCGAUCAAAGGGGACAGAAAGUAUCAUAGGAGAGCUGAACCAUAUCAGCACUGGAGUAAAGAGAGUAGAGAGAUCAUUGUUAUUCUGGGAAAACUGGCUUUUAACCAGCUGAAGAAAGGCAACCUGAUCUUCCACAAGGCAGAACUGGCCGAGUGUGACAUCAAUGCCAACGAAGCCUCAGUGUGCUCAGGAGUGUUCACCCAGAUCUUCAAGGAGAAGAUCAGUGGAGAUCUUUCUCCAGAGAGAAGCAUUAAUCUGUUCCACUGUCUGAAUGAGCUGGGCGACCAUUCUCUAGUGAAGGAGAUCCAGCAGUGCCUGAUAUCAGGAAUUCUCUCCAGAGAAUCUCUCUCCCCUUCUCAGUGGUCAGCUCUGGUCUUCAUCCUACUGUCAUCAGAAGUGGACGUGUUUGACCUGAAGAACUACUCUGCUUCAGAGGAGGGUCUUCUCAGGCUGCUGCCAGUGAUCAAAGCCUCCAAAACAUCUCUGCUGAAUGGCUGUCAUAUGUCCGAAAGAUGCUGUGAAGCUCUGGCUUCAGCUCUCAGCUCAAGCUCCUCCAGUCUGAGAGAACUGGACCUGAGUUCCAAUGAUCUGCAGGAUUCAGGAGUGAAGCUGCUCUCUGCUGAACUGGAGAGUCCACACUGUAGACUGGAAACUCUCAGACUGAAAGGCUGUCAUCUGUCCGAGAGAUGCUGUGAAGCUCUGGCCUCAGCUCUCAGCUCCAGCCCCUCCAGUCUGAUAGAGCUGGACCUGAGUAACAAUGAUCUGCAGGAUUCAGGAGUGAAGAUGCUCUCUGCUGGACUGGGCAGUCCACACUGUAGACUGGAAACUCUAAGGCUGGCUGGCUGUAAUCUGUCAGAGAAAUGCUGCGAAGCUCUAGCCUCAGUUCUCAGCUCCAAGUCCCCCAGUCUGAGAGAGCUGGACCUGAGUACCAAUGAUCUGAAGGAUUCAGGAGUGAAGCUGCUCUCUGCUGGACUGAGGAGUCCACAGUGUAAACUGGAAACUCUCAGGUUGUCUGGCUGCUUGGUCACACAGGGAGGCUGUGAUUCUCUGGCCACAGCUCUGAGCUCUAACCCCUCCCACCUGAAAGCUCUAGACCUGAGCUACAAUCAUCCAGGAGACUCAGGAUUCACCCUGCUCUCUGCUGGACUGGAGGAUCAAUCGUGGAAACUUGAAACUCUCAGAAUGAUGCACUGUGAAGAGCAAGCACUGAAACCAGCCCUAAAGAAGUAUGCCUGUGAUCUCACACUGGACCCAAACACGGCCAACAGAAGACUCUAUCUGUCUGGGGACAGAGAGGUGACGCUUGUUGAAGAGUAUCCUGAUCACACAAAGCAACCCUUUAGAAAGGUGUUGUGUAGAGAGGUUCUGACUGGCCGCAGAUACUGGGAGGUAGUUUGCAAAGGAGUGGUUUUGAUAGUUGUGACCCAGAGAGUAAGAAUCACCAGGAGCCAAGUGGGUUGUGACAACAGGCUUGGAUCGAAGUCCUGGAGUCUUGAAUGUCAUGGUGAUCGUUACUGUGCCUGGUACAACGGUAGAAAAACAGACAUACGUCUCCCCCCCGCUGGCUCUAAGAGAGUAGGAGUGUAUCUGGACCGGCCUGCUGGCACUCUGUCCUUCUACAGAGUUUCCCCAGGUGUAGUUAGGUCUAAAGACACACUGACACACAUCCACACCUUCGAGUCCACAUUCACCCAGGACCUCUACCCUGGGUUUGAUUUAUUGUGCACUGGUUCCUCAGCGACCCUAUGUAAGCUGUAGUAACACACACAGAUCCUCCUAGCUGCGUUGAAGUGACCCUGAGCACUGAACCCUAACUGCUAACUUUGGAUAAAAGCUAUUACCGUUACAGGCAGGUAGACAGGAAGGCAGGCAGCGUUACAGCUAUUCUGUAGGACUUUGUCUUUCUUUCUUAGAUUAUAUUGGCUAUCGACAAGGCACAGCUAACAGAGGGUUAGAUGUGCGGUUCAGCUGUUCUUUCCAAAACGCGGGGGUACCAGAAACACAGAAGCAGACCAUGGGGGGAAGAGGAUUAGCCAGGGGUUUAUUGUAGGGGAAAUGGGGAAUGAGGACGGUAGGAAAGCUGAGCUGAGGGAGAUGGAAAGGCAGGAAGGCAGGCAGCUUUACAGGCAGGUAGAUUAGAUUAGAAAAACUUUAUUUAUCCCAAGAUGGGCAAUUUCGUUCAAAGUUUCCAGUCUCACAUAAUAAAUUACUUAAUAAAUACAAUAAAUAGCAAUAGGAGGUAGACGAAAACAUAUAUCAAAGGCAGUCCAACACACACAUUUAACUCACAAUUCAUUUCAGCCUGUCAGUAACAACCACCCUGCCCCCGGAAACACCCAGCAACACUGGUGUGCUCUCCACCUACUCCUGACUUUUGUCAUGAUUUAGUAACCUGACGGUUGCAGGGAUAAAAGAGUGGGAGUACCUCAUUGUUCUUGUCCUGAUUGAACAGUAGCGCCGCCCCGAAGGCAUUAGUUUAAAUUCUUUACUGAGGACAUAAUAGAGACAGGAACGCCGGCAGCAUUGCAGGCAGUGUUGGGAAAGUUCACCUUCUACGUGAACUAGUUCAAAGUUCAAAGCUCAGUUCACAAAUUUUAAAAUGAACUAGUUCAGUUGAACGUUCAUAAUUCAACAUUUUGAACUAAGUUCACAGUUCCAAAAAAUUAACUAGUUCAUAGUUCUUUCUUUCAAUAUGUUGCUGUGAGAUAUUAUUUUUUUCCGGUAUUUUGAACAUUGAGCCCACUUUGUGUUUUGUCUAGGAUGAAAUAGAGUGGUUGAAUCAAGCAUCGUAGCGAAAUACAGUUUCUAUCGCAUUUUGUAAACCCCAUUGAUUUCUGUUGGGAGACUCAUUGUUCGUUGGCCGAAAACAGAAAAGGGGGGUCUUCAAAUUUGGUUGUAGUCUUUUCGCUCGGUUCUAGCCCCACUGUUGAGUCGGAGAACCGAGCGAAAUGACUACAAACAGCCCCCCUUUCCGUUUACGGCCAACAAGCAAUGAUUCUAGGAGGUAUUUUAGUCCGCUGAGCUAUGAGCUUGAGAGCUAACGUUAUGGAUUGUACAUAAUUAUGAUUCGAAAUUCGUCUCAGCCUUUAUACCACAGAUAAUUGGGUCUACUCUACAGCAUAUAACCGCGUUGUCUGAUUACAGUUUAAUUCCUUUUUCACAAUUCAACAGCUCUCGUUUUGAAGAAUAAUCACUGCGUCAUUCGUUUCAAUGGGAAUCGGGACGGUCUAUACUUUCAACAUAAAGUGUACAUAUUUAUAAUUUUAAAUUCGUCCCAGCCUUCAUACCACAGAUACUAUAGGUCUAUAGCAUAUAACCCCAUUUUCUGAUUACAGUUUAAUGUAACAGUAAGCUGACAACACCGCAACUGCAAAUUAACCACACAGAUAACCAUGGCAACCGGUCAAACAAAUGUUCUCAUUCUGCGCACGCAUCCGCCCUGUUGAUAAACAAAUAACCCCCCUAUUGAACGAAGUUAAACCGAGUGAGCAUUCCGUUCACAGACACCAGAAUGAACGAGUUCACAGCAACGGUCAUCAGGCAGUAAUACAGUACGUUCAGUUCACGUUCGCCGAAAAUAUGAACGAGUUCAUGAACUAUCGUUCAAUGAACGCGUUCAGGCACAACAAUGGUUACAGGCAGGUAGACAGGAAGGCCGGCAGUGUUACAGGCAGGUAGACGGGAACACUGGCAGAAUUACAGGCAG